AUGUCGUCCACAGCACCAUCAUCCGCCGCCCCCGAGCAGCAGCAGCAGCCGUCCAGCUCGGCACAGAACGAUGCCCCAGCCGCCGACGCCCCCCUCGGCCCCGACGGGCAGCCCAUGACAAAAAGCGCCCUCAAAAAGCAACAGAAACUCGCUGAAAAGCAGGCCAAGCAGGCCGCCAAGGAUGCGCUCAAGAGCGAAAAGCCCGCCCAGAACCCUGCUGGCUCCGGUGCGGCAAAGAAGGAGAAGCCCAAAAAGGAGGUCAAGGAGGAGCCCGAAUGGGUCAACAACACCGUCGAUGGCGAGAAGAAGGACCUCUCCGCACCCAUGGAGAAUGGCUACAAUCCGCUCCACGUCGAACAGAGCUGGUACCAGUGGUGGGAAAAGUGCGGCCACUUCAAGCCGGACGAGCCCUCCGAGUCAGAUCCGUACGACCCCGAAAAGACCUUCGUCGUUCCUGCACCUCCUCCCAACGUCACUGGAUCACUCCACAUUGGUCACGCCCUCACCAUCUCGAUUCAGGAUACCUUGAUCCGAUGGUACCGCAUGAACGGUUACCGCACCCUCUUCAACCCAGGCUACGACCACGCCGGUAUCGCCACCCAGAGCGUCGUCGAGAAGCGUCUCGCCAAGCUCGAAGGCAAGACGCGCUAUGACUAUGGUCGCGAGAAGUUCCUCGAAAAGGUCUUCGAGUGGAAGGACGACUACCAAUCGCGCAUCUCGAAUCAGAUGCGCCGUCUCGGUGCCUCGUACGACUUUUCCAGAGAGGCUUUCACCAUGGACGCUCCCCGUUCCAAGGCCGUCACAGAAGCUUUCUGCAAGCUGCACGAGGACGGCAUCAUCUACCGCGCAAACCGUCUCGUCAAUUGGUGCUGCAAGCUCCACACCACCCUCUCCAACCUCGAGGUCGACCAGAAGCAGCUCAACGGCCGCACGCUCAUGAACGUCCCCGGCUACCCUGCCAACGAGCGCAUCGAGUUUGGUGUCAUUGUCAGCUUCUCGUACCAGAUCGAGGGCAGUGACGAGAAGAUUGUCGUCGCCACCACGCGUCCCGAGACCAUGCUCGGUGAUACCGCCGUUGCCGUCCACCCCGACGAUGCUCGAUACAAGCACCUGCACGGCAAGAACGUCGUCCACCCCUUCGUCGCCGGUCGCAAGAUCCCCAUCAUCGCCGACGCCAUCAUUGUCGACAUGGAGUUCGGCACCGGUGCCGUCAAGAUCACCCCCGCCCACGACCCUAACGAUUACGAAGUCGGCAAACGUCACGACCUCGAAUUCGUCAACAUCCUCAACGACGACGGUACGCUCAACGACAACUGCGGCGAGUUCGCCGGUAUGAAGCGCUUCUCUGCUCGUCGCGCCGUCAUCGACAAGCUCAAGGAGAUCGACAGCUACGUCGAGACCAAGGACAACCCCAUGACCGUGCCCAUUUGCUCCCGAUCCGGCGACGUGAUUGAACCCAUCAUGAAGCCGCAGUGGUGGGUCAACUGCCAGCCGCUCGCCGCCAAGGUCAUUGAACGUGUCCGAGCGGGCGAGAUGACCAUCACUCCCAGCGUCUCUGAAAAAGAGUUCUUCAGGUGGAUGGAGAACAUCCAGGACUGGUGCAUUUCGCGCCAGCUAUGGUGGGGUCACCGUUGCCCCGUCUACUUUGUCAACAUUGAGGGCGAGGCGAACGACCGCAGCGACGACAAGUUCUGGGUCGUCGGCCGCUCCCUCGAGCAGGCUCAGGAGCGCGCGCAGAAGCUGGCAAACGGGAAGAGCUUCACGCUCGAGCAGGACGAAGACGUGCUCGACACGUGGUUCUCUUCAGGCCUGUGGCCAUUCUCCAUCAUGGGCUGGCCCGAAAAGACCGACGACAUGAAGCACUUCUACCCGUCGUCGCUGCUCGAGACCGGCUGGGACAUUCUGUUCUUCUGGGUGGCUCGCAUGUGCAUGCUGGGUGUCUACCUCACCGACACCUUGCCGUUCAAGGAGGUCUUCUGCCACGCGAUGGUGCGCGAUGCGCACGGACGCAAGAUGUCCAAGUCGCUCGGCAACGUCAUUGACCCCUUGGACGUCAUCGAGGGUAUCAAUCUCGAGGGGUUGCACACGAAGCUCAAGGAGGGCAACCUGGACGACAAGGAGAUUGCCAAAGCCGCCCAGGGUCAAAAGAAAGAUUUCCCCAAGGGCAUUCCUCAAUGCGGAACCGAUGCGCUGCGUUUCGCUCUGUGCGCCUACACCUCGGCCGGACGCGAUAUCAACCUCGACAUCCUUCGCGUCGAAGGCUAUCGCAAGUUCUGCAACAAGCUGUGGAACGCGACCAAGUUUGCGCUGCUCAAGCUCGAGCCCAUCUCGUCGUUCCAGCCUGCCUCCUCGGACGAGCCCUCCGGCGCCGAGUCGCUGGUGGAAAAAUGGAUCCUGCACAAGCUCAACCUUGCCGCCAAGACCGUUAACGACAACCUCCGCGAACGCAACUUCAUGGCGGCCACCUCGGCGGUGUACAACUUCUGGCUGUACGAGCUGUGCGAUGUGUACAUCGAGGCGAUCAAGCCGAUCACGGAUGCGGAUGCUGCGGACGCCAAGGCGAGGGCGAGUGCUCAGCAGACGCUGUACACGUGUUUGGACGGGGGGUUGAAGUUGUUGCAUCCGUUCAUGCCUUUUGUUACGGAGGAGCUGUGGCAGCGUCUGCCUCGGAGGGCUGGGGAGAAGGCGGAGAGCAUUGCGCUGUCGCGCUACCCGGUGUUCAUGGCGUCUCGCGAGGACGCAGUGGCGGAGGCGGCGUUCGAAGAGGUCUUUGCGGCAGUUCGUGCGGUCCGAGGCAUGUGCACGGACUACAACCUGUUGAAAAACGUCCAGGUAUACCUCGAGACCUCUUCCGCCGACUUCAACACCACCCUCACCGCCUCGUCCGCCGUCGCAUCCACCCUCAUCAAAGGCUGCACCGACCUCACCGUCGUCUCCCGCGCGGAAGACGUACCCAAAGGCUGUGCUGUUUCGUCAAUCAGCCCGCGCCUCAACGCCCAUCUGUUGAUCCGAGGCCACGUGGAUAUCGACCAAGAACUCGCCAAGCUCGACAAGAAGCUCCAACUCAACGCCGUCGGACUCGACAAGGUCAAGGCGCCCAUGAACAAGCCCCAGGAAUGGGAACGCAUGCCCCAGGAGGUGCGGGACGCCACCGAGGAGAAGGUCAAGGGACUCAUGAGCGAGAGAGAGGCUAUGCAGAGCGCAAAGAGGCAGUUUGAGAGCAUUAGGGAUGACUAG